AUGGCACCAAAGAAAGCUUCAAAGAAAGCUCCAAAGAAAGCUCCGAAGCUUACUCCCGAAGCCGAAGCACAAAAAAGGAUACGUGGAGAAGAAUACCCAGUAUUAGUCCAAGGAAGCAACCACAUUACAUUCGAAAAGUUGAAGAACCAACUGGCAGCACGACAACAGGAACAAAGGGAUGCCGCCGCUAGUCUCCCGGCUUUGAUACGAGAGCACACUCGACUGUUGAAAGCCGGCGACCAGGCCGCACUGAAAAGUUGGCUUCAAGGGGCUGGAAAAGAGGUGACGCGUAAGCAUUGCGAUACCCAAAGACUGAGAUUCUGCGAAGCUCAACGUGACCUGGAGGAUUUCCUCUACUAUCAGAACCCAAUACACAGGCGGAAAAGACCACGUGACCUGAAGAAAAAGCCGACUGCCACCGACAUCCAUGGCAGAGAACGAGGCCCGCCUAUUUACAACCUGGCCUUUUCGCACAAGAACAUUGAACAGCUACUGAACAUGUACGACAAGACUGGAAUAGGCAGCGUAAACCAUCGUAAUGGAAAGACAGACUGGGGAGGCCAGCCGAUUCCGAGUAAAAAAGGAGAUUCUCGCUUUCCGCCAGUUCGUCCAAACGAGUUGCAUUUGUGGACUCCACCAGCCCGACGUAGGCCAGUUGGUUCGGUCAUAAGCAGGAACGCGCCAACUGACGUUGAUGAUUUCGCAUUGGAUGCCGACGCCAUAACUGAAGUUUGGAAGCGCAUCGAAGAGACAAACAUUCCUGAAGAAGGGUUUCCGUAUCAAACGCAUGCAGAGAGGAGGAGACAGGAGCGUGAGAUCUAUCGAACGGAUCCUCAUGCUAGACCCACGACUUCUUUUGUGCAUACUGAGGAAACACCAAGUGGUACGGUCACGGUGGAUCCAUUUAUAAGAAUGCAGACAAGAGAAGGCAUCUUCAUUGCGGCAUUAGAGUCAUCUUACGACUGGCGCACCUCCUACGAUUGUCUCGGGCCCGUAAAAUCCGUCACUCACCAGAACUUUACAAUCAGCGAAGAACGCGAGAUGAUCGAGGGGCCACCAGAAGACGACCCUGAUGGCCAAGAGGACGCCCCAGAUCUAUCGGAGAAACCCGAUGCUCCCGACGCCCCCGACAACACUGAAGAAGCUGCUAGUGCUGCAUCACCCGUCCAGACAAGAAGUUCAGCCAAGAAUAAGAAAAAGGGUGGCCAUGCAGGGUCGAAAAAGAAAGGCGCCAGUAAAAGUGCCGCGAAACCGAAUGCACCGCCCGCCAAACCACUGACUAGCAUCGACUACCCAUACCCGGCAUGGGAGUUCGAAGGUGAAGAUCCGCCUGGACGAAGAAAAAUUAUCGAUGACAAGGAUGAUCUAAACCUUGCACCCAUUGCAACAGACUGGUGUGAGGAAACCUGUGGCAGGCGAGAAUGGCAUGUCAACAUGUUACUUUCACCUGCAUCAUCCGUCGACUCGCCUCCACACAGCCCGAUCGAAAAACCCGAGGAGUGGGAGGGCCGCCACAUACCAGACACCUUCCCGGAUGAGAAGCUACCUGUUAUCAGUGAAGCAGUGAAACGAAGAUGUCCCCAUAAGCCAGAGCGAUGUCGAGCAUGGUGGACACACGCGCCCGACGAAUGCUGGCUUGUGCAAUCUUGGCAAGUGCCACCAGAAAACAGUUCAGUUGUUCGUCCUCGCAAUGAGAUAUCUGCACCCGAAAUCUUCGAGCUUCCUGAAAGCGGCCGCAGCAUCUACGAAGAAAGAACACACGAUCACUACGGCUUGUCUGGCGUUGGCACCGCAACAUGGCCCAGAGUCGGUGUGCGUGUUCCGUACGAGCCUACGACGUUUGAUGAUCUGAAAUCUCCCUUGGAAAAUAGCAAUAUUGCAACCCAAGAAUCUGUGGGCGCAGAGGCGAGCAGCAAAGUAGCGUUUGAAGUUCAUGCCUUGGCAGCGCCUUUGAUCCCGAUGAGCCCGAGAGAUUAUCAUGGUGUGGGGGUGACAGAGUCUUCUGAGGGGGCUGAGGACGCUGAGGAGUAUGAAGAGGAUAGUGAUUCGGAUUACGAGAAUGAUGUGUUUUACCAUGAGUAUAUGAAGCUUUCUGGUGAGGGAAACUAG